AUGGCCAGAUUCUCCCUUUUCCGCCUGCCCACCAAGCUACGGCGAAGGGUCAGGCGUAAUCGCAUGGCUACCAUUAUAGCCCUCUUCGUCCUCGUAGGCCUCCUGAUCUUCCCAUUCUACUCAGCCUAUUGCGUCUACAAACCUCCGAGAUACCUCAUCAAUUGGCUCCGGAGGAAGUACCCCGACGUCCUGUUUGAGGAGCCCACCGACCAAAAGAUCAUCGCCCUAUCUAUCGACGAUGCGCCUUCCGCCCACACCGACGAUAUCAUGCAAGUCCUGGAGGAGAAUGAGGCCCACGCUACGUUUUUUGUCAUAGGAUCGCAGGUUGAGGGUCGCAAGGAUAAGCUCGUCAAAUUGGUUGCAAAAGGGCAUGAGCUGGGAAACCAUGCCAUGCAUGAUGAGCCCUCCAAGUCACUCAGUAACGAAAAGCUGCUGGGGGAAGUCCACCUCGUCAAGGACAUGCUGACCGAGGCAUACGCCGCCAACGGUCAGAUCCUCCCCAACAAUUACUUCCGUCCAGGGUCUGGAAUAUUCAACAGGCGGAUGCGGGAUGUGUUGGGAAACCAGGGUUUUCGCAUCACCUUGGGCAGUGUGUAUCCCCACGACCCCCAGAUACCGUACCCCGAUACCAACGCGAAGCAUAUUCUGAGCAUGGCUCACCCGGGAGCCAUCAUUAUCUGCCACGACAGGAGAUCGUGGACUGUGCCCAUGUUGCGCACUGUUCUUCCCGAACUCAAACGGCAGGGGUAUCGGAUUGUUACCAUCACAGACCUUGUGAAGGCGGUGUCGUCCCAAAACCAAGGGCAACAGCACCUUUGA